AUGGCGCGCGCGAACGCGCGCGCGCGGCGCGCGGACGACGACGACGAUAAGUACGUCAAGGCAUCGUCCGCGCGCGGCGUCGCCGCGGCGUCGACGCGCGCGCCCGCGUUCGCGAGUCCGCCGACGCACCGACCGUCGGCGAAGAUGUUCGACGACGACGACGUCGCCCCGCGGAGCGUGAGCGCGCGCGCGACGCCCGCGCGCGACGACGGCGACGAUGGCGAUCGACGCGACGCGAGCGCGCGGCCGGCGCGGUUGAAUUUCGACGACGAGGGCGUGCGAGGGGCGCUGGAUAGACUGGCGUUUUCAAACUCGGUGGCGCAGGUGACGGACGCGUUCAGCGAGGUGCUGAACGACGCGAGCGAUGAGGUGAACACGUACGCGAGCAAAGCGGCGGAGACGCUGGCGAGAUUUCAAGCGGCGCAGUUCGCGAUGCAGUUCAAUCCGAUCGAAAGUGGGCUGAGCAUGAAGCCGACGUACGUGAAGGUGCCGGCGCAGACGGUGGAGGAAUUGAAAUUUUGGGAAAACGAAGAUUUGCGGGCGUUGAAGAUGAAACAUUUAGAGGAGAAGCAACAGAUCUUGGCGGAGAACGCGGGAAUGCGAGCGUUGCUCGGGGAUGAGGAUUUUAGCGAGGCGAUACAGGGGCUUCGUGAGACUGAGGACGGGGUGAAUCGAGCGUUGUUGCUCGCGGCGGUGGAAGAGAUUACGAAUUUAAAGACGCGCGUGUCCGUCUUAGAGACGGAGGCGGCGAAGCAAAAGGUGAGCUCGAGUGGGUACGGUGGUAUCACGUCCAUGCUCGGCGGCGGCGGGUCCGGGGUGGACGCGGCACAGAUGCAAAAAUUGACGAGGGAGUUGGCGCGAUUGGAAGAAAACAAUUCGCGCAUGACGUGGAUGCUCGGCGAGAAGGAAAAGCAAAUCAAAGAGGUUCGCGCGAAGUACACCGAAAGCGCCGCGUACGCGUUGCAGGAGAAACUGCAAGAGUGCAUGGAAGUGCUCGAGGUGGCGUCGAAUCUUCAAGGCGAACAAUUGCAGUAUCUGGAACAGCACGCGCUCUCCAAGCUCGAACUUUUGGACGACCAAAUCGCAGACAUCCAAGUCCUGGCCGAGUCGAAGACCGAGCACCUGGCGCAGCUCCGAACGAUCAUGAAGCGAUUCUUCAUCGACGGAGACGAAGGGUCGGUGGACGUGCUCACAUCCUUGACCGGCUUCCCCGCAGACGAAGGAAGGAAGCUCGUGCAGGCGCGACAAUCCAGAAGCUUGACGGGCUUUCUCACGAUGAUUGGCACCAAACUCACGCCCGCGGUGAACGCGGGCGUGAGCGCUGUGAACGCCGCGUCAUCGAUGAUCGUCGCAUGCGCGCCGCCGACUUCGAGCGCGACGAGUUCGGACGACGCCCUGAAAACGCUCGGCGUCGAAGACGACGACGAGAGCGCCGAGCAACCGACGACGCCGCCGGCGCCCGAGGAGACCUCCGCGCCGGAGAAAGACGCCCCGAAAGAGCGAGCGCCGGCACCGGCGCCGCCGACGAAUGAAGUCACCGCCAUCGCGCCGAAAGUCGAACCCGAACGACGCCGCCCGUCGCGCGCGGCGAAAAAGAAAUCAACCGGUUUCGCCGGCUUUGACGAUCCGGCGCUCGAAGCCAAGGCGCAAGCGGAGCGCGCGAAAUCCCGCCAACCACUCCCCCAACCCAAACUCACCAAAGCCGCGGCGCGCGAGCGAGCGAAGCGCGCGCACCCCCCCCAAGACGCCCCCGGGGAGGGUUUCGCCGGUUUCGGCGACGACCCGGACGCGUCGUCGGACGACGAUUAG